AUGUCCUCCACCGGUGGUGAAAUUGGCAAGGCCAAAGAGGAGUCCAACAGCUCCGUGUCCAGCUUUGUGUCGACACUGAUCCCCGCCUCCAUUAUCGCCUUUGCCUUUACCGCUGCUUUCUUCGUUGCCCGCAAAUAUUUCCGUAGGGUCUAUGCGCCCAGGACGUACCUCAACCAUCUGGGCAAGCAGCGCCAGACGCCAGCCCCCAGCCCCGGCUUAUUUGGCUGGCUCAAAGAUUUCAAGAACCUCAAGGAUGAAUACAUCCUCGACCACCAGUCCAUUGACGGCUAUCUCUUCGUUCGCUUCUUCAAGAUCCUCAUCGCCACCAGUUUUCUCGGAUGUCUAAUCACAUGGCCCGUCUUGUUCCCCGUCAAUGCCACUGGUGGUGCGGGCCAGAAGCAACUGGAUCUUCUCUCCAUGAGUAACAUUGAUCCCAAGGGCACCAAUGUCAACCGUUACUAUGCUCAGGCCGGCAUUUCCUUUAUUUUCCUUGGUUUGAUCCUCGUCAUCAUUGGUCGCGAGUCUUUCUUUGUCGUCAACCUACGUCAAGCAUACCGUCGCUCACCAUGGGGAGCCAGUCGCUUGUCUUCGCGCACUAUCCUCUUCACCAAUGUACCCAAGACGCUUUCCCAGUCCGCCUUGUUCGAAAUGUUCCCCGGUGUCAAGCACGCCUGGGUUGCCUCGAACACCAAGGAGCUGGACGAGCUGGUCGAAGACCGUGACGACACUGCCACCAAGCUGGAAAACGCCGAGGUGGAGCUACUGACCAAUGCCAACCAGAACAGACUCAAGGCCGAGAAGGGCAAGAAGCACUUUGUCGCCGAGAAUGUGAGCGAUGGCACCAAAUGGGUUGACCCCAAGAAGCGACCAACCCACAAGCUCAAGUUUUUGAUUGGCAAGAAGGUCGACACUAUCGAAUACGGCCGUUCUCAUCUCGCCGAGCUCAUUCCCAAGAUCACCGCCGAACAGGACAAGCACUGGAACGGCGAGGGCGACCUCGUUGGAGCUGUUUUCAUCGAAUUCGAAACUCAGAGACUCGCACAGGAUGCCUGGCAGAUGAUGCAAUCGAGGAAGACCAGGCCCGAUAAGAGUCUUCAGGCACGGCAACUCGGCGUCAUGCCCCAGGAGGUCGUGUGGGGCAACUUGCGCAUCAAACCUGCCGAGCACUAUGUUCGAUGGGCGCUUGCUACUGCUUUCAUUUCUGUCAUGAUCAUCUUUUGGGCAAUUCCUGUCGCUUUCGUCGGUCUUAUUUCCAACAUCAACUACCUCGCCGAGCGCUUUACUUGGCUUGAAUGGAUUCUGGACAUCCCCAAGGUCAUUCUCGGUGUAAUUACCGGUUUAUUGCCCGCAGUCCUCCUUGCUGUCCUCAUGUCCCUCGUCCCCAUUAUUUGCCGUCUCAUGGCUAAAUUGGCUGGUUAUGUCACUUACAGCCAGAUUGAGCUCAAGACGCAGAACUGGUACUUUGCAUUCCAGGUUGUGCAGGUUUUCCUUGUUGCCACUUUGUCCGGUGCCGUCACAUCCGUUAUCAAUGAUGUGCUCGACAAUCCUGGCAGCGUCCUGACUCUUCUCUCCACCAACCUACCAAAGGCUUCCAACUUUUACAUCAGUUACUUUAUCCUCUUGGGUCUUUCCUCGGCUGCUGGCACCCUGCUCAACAUUGGUGGCUUCGUCGUUGUCGUUCUCCUUGGACGUGUACUUCCUGGAAAGACGCCCCGCAAGAUCUUCCAGAACCUCACCAAGCUCUCCGCUCCAUCAUGGGGCUCUGAGUUCCCGAAGUGGAUCAACUUGGGUGUUAUUGCUAUUACCUAUUCCGGCAUUGCACCUCUUAUCCUCGGUUUCGCUACGGUUGGAUUCACUCUUGUCUACAUUGCGUUCAGGUACAACUUCCUCUAUGUAUACGAGACAGACCUUGACACCAAGGGCGAUGCGUACCAAAAGGCUCUCCGCCAGCUUAUGACUGGUGUCUACCUUUCGGAAAUCUGCCUUAUUGGUCUCUUCGCCAUCGCCACGGGCGACAACGUUCAAGCUGCCGGUCCGCUCGCGAUAAUGUGCCUCUGCCUGCUACUCACCCUCAUCUUCCAAUUCACGCUCAAGACCGCCCUUAAGCACGAAGAAGCACGCCUCGCUUACGCCGACAUCCCUCCGACCCACGGCGGUAUGCGCAACGAAGAAGACGGCCUCCUCACCCAAAACGGCGAAAAGGCUCACACCACCGCGGCAACCCCCACCUACGCACCCAAGCCCACGCACAUGCCUGCCUUCCUACGCAAGAUUCUCAACCCAGAGAAGCACUCGCUGCACGCCCUCUCCGCCUCCCUCGACCAAUUCUACCACACCCCUCAGGACCCGCUCCCCGUCGAAAUCCAGAAGCGCGCCUUCUUCAACCCCUCCAUUACCAGCCCCACGCCUGUCAUCUGGAUCGUCAAGGACGACAUGGGCAUCAGCACCCGCGAGAUCCAAGACACGCAAAAGGCCGUGCCCGGGCUCAUUAUUACAGACGAGCAGGCCACAUUUAAUGAAAAGGGCAAGGUGUACUGGCAUGGUGUGGACGAUGGCCAGGCGCGCGAGGCACCCGUAUUCGACGAGCGCAUCAUGUACUAG